CGAAUGAACAGUCACCAUCUACACAAAACCAAUCUGUUGUAACGUACGUUGAACAUGGUAACAACAAUUCUACUGCAAAGAAGCAAAUAAUAUUAGCUACUGCACUGAUCAAUUUAACAAAUGCAGCUGGCCACCAAGUUCAGUGUCGUGCCAUCUUAGACUCUGGGUCUCAAGUCUGUCUGAUAACAAAGGAGUGCGCAUCAAGAUUAAAUAUCAGUCUUGUUAAAAGCUCGCUAUCGAUAGCAGGUAUCGGGUCGGUAUCUGCCAAAACAGGCACAAUGAUAAGUACUACAAUGUGUUCAAGACUUAAUGACUUUGAAGCAUUCAUUAACUUCCAUGUAAUUGAUUCGAUUACUAACAGCUUGCCCACUCACCGUAUUGACAUGGAACCACUACAUAUUCCACACACUAUUAGUAGCUGUUUAGCCGACCCUCGUUUCAAUGAACCAGCUUCAAUUGAUAUUCUACUUGGUGCAGAGAUAUUCUAUGAAUUGCUAAUUGGUGAAAGUAUGAAGAUUAGUCCACUUGUAACACUUCACAACACCAAUCUUGGUUGGGUUUUUACUGGAUCAACUCAAAUCAAUAAUGUGCAACCACUAUCAAAAAUCUUUCUUCUACGUCAUAGCAAUCAGUCAGCUAUAGCUCUCAUUGCCCAAUCAUGCUCGAACAACUUAUCAUCUGAGGCAUGGGCUGAAGAUCAUUUUAAAAAUAACGUUUCUCGUGACGAUCGUGGUCGCUUUGUGGUAAGAUUACCGUUUAUUCAAGAUCCAUCAGUUUUAGGUGAUUCAAGAUUCAUGGCACAGCAACGUUUCUACAAUCUAGAACGCAAAUUGUUAAAAAACCCUUCACUUGCUUCAGAUUACAAGGAUUUCAUGAAUGAGUACCUUGAAUUGGGCCACAUGGAGAAGGCUCAAGAUACUGAUUGCCCCACAUAUUAUCUUCCGCAUCACUCAGUGUUCAAAUCCAACAGUUUAACUACAAAAAUGCGUGUAGUCUUUGAUGGUUCUGCUACAUCUAAAUCCGGGCACAGUCUCAACGACAUUCUACUAUGUGGACCAACUGUGCAACCUGAUUUAAUUUCUAUAAUUCUGAGAUUUCGAAUCCACAAAAUUGCUCUUACUGCAGACAUAGCCAAAAUGUACAGGCAGAUACGGGUCUCUCCCGAAGAUUGUGAUUUUCAAAGAAUAUGCUAUAGAGAAAGUCCUGCUGAACCAUUGAAAGACUAUAGGCUUUUAACUGUCACUUACGGUACCAGAGCUGCAUCAUUUCUUGCCACUCGUUGUUUACUUGAGCUAAGUUACAAUGUCAAAAAUCAUGCAGUCCAGCGCGCUAUUCAACAAGAUUUUUAUGUUGACGACUUACUAAGUGGCGGUCAAGACGAAACUGAGUGUUAUGAACUUUUUCAAAAUUUAUCUAAUGAACUUGACAAGGCUGGCCUACCCCUUCGCAAGUGGUGCUCAAACUCAAAAUCAAUUAUGUCGAAAAUGUCAGUUCCGGAACGAGAUCCUACUUAUCUGUUGUCUAUCAAUGAAGAAGAUACUGUUAGCACACUAGGUCUCACUUGGCAACCAAGUAAUGACUGUUUCAAAUUCAUUUUUAAGGAUUUGUCAAGACCUUUUCACAUGACUAAAAGAACACUAUUAUCCAACAUAAACAGUGUUUAUGAUCCAGUAGGAUUCCUAACACCUGCCCUGAUUCGAGGAAAAAUGUUUAUGCAACAGUUAUGGUCCUCAAAGUUGAACUGGGAUACACCACUGUCCACUGAACUCCAAACCAAGUGGACCAAUUUCUAUCAAAGUCUCAAGUUCUUGGAGCAGUUAUCAAUACCGCGUCGCGUUCCAUUUGAUAAUACCACAUCAGUCCAACUGCAUGGUUUCUGCGAUGCAUCACAAAAUGCUUUUGGUGCUUGUAUUUACUUUCGAUCAACUACCACAUCGCAAUGUCAACUAUACUGUUCUAAGUCCAGAGUAGCUCCACUGAAGCCCAGCACAAUUCCACGAUUGGAACUUUGCGGAGCCCUUCUUUUAGCAGAACUGGUCAGCAUGGUUAUGAGAGAACUAAAACGUAUCAAGAUUCAUUGUAACCCUAGUAAUGUAAUCUUAUGGUCUGAUUCAUCUAUUGUCAUAUACUGGAUCAAUAGUGACAAACCACUCAAAUCCUAUGUCUCCAACAGGAUAGCACAAAUAUUGGAUCUAACCCAACCCACACAAUGGCGUCAUGUACCAACGGCCACCAAUCCUGCAGAUGUAAUUUCCCGUGGAUGCUCAGCUGAAUCACUUUUGUCAAAUGAACUUUGGUGGAACGGUCCCAAGUGGUUGAGCCAGGCUGAGGACCUGUGGCCGUCUAAUAAUGUCAUCCAUACUGAUUUACCUGAAGUAAGAAUAGUUCGUCCAGUUCUUGUAGUGAGUCAGUCAUCAGAAUGUCAAUUCGAAGAAAGAUAUUCUUCUUGGUCUAGAUUGAACCGAAUUACCGCAUAUAUUCUAAGAUUUUGCCACAAUGCUCGCACUAAGUUGAUCUCUGACCGGUUAUUAAAUUCACUAAGUGUAACUGAAAUAUCCAAUGCCGCCACAGUGUUGCUGCGAAAAAUGCAGUCCAUCUCAUUUGCACCAGAAAUUGCCGAACUUAAGUCCAGUAGGCCUGUUGGACGUCGUAGUGCGUUGCGUACACUGAACCCAUUUAUUGACCAGGAUGGUCAAGUGCGAGUUGGAGGCAGACUCAUCAACGCUGACAUUGCAUACACCAGCAAAUGCCCAAUUGUACUACCAGCAAAAGGUACAAUCACAAGACUUAUCUUUGAAUACGAACACAAGCGUUUAAUUCAUAUUGGCCCUCAAGGAUUACUGGCAAACAUUCACCUUCGUUACUGGCCAAUUCGAGGUCGAGCUAUUGCAAGUCAGACUGUUCGGCGCUGCAUAAUUUGUUUUCGUUCCAGUCCAUCCCUGACUGCUCCAUUCAUGGCACCACUUCCACCUGAAAGAGUCAAUGUCGAGGGUCCCUUUGCCAAAACCGGCGUCGAUUUUUGUGGACCAAUCAUGAUCCGAAGUGGGAUACGUAGAGUGGUCAGCAUCAAAUGUUAUGUUGCGGUAUUUGUCUGUUUUGUAACUCGUGCUAUCCACUUAGAGCUUGUUAGCGGACUUACUACUGAAGUCUUUCUAGCAUCUCUAAUGCGUUUUUUAUCUCGUCGUGGCCUUUGUAGUCACAUCUAUAGCGAUAAUGGCACAAACUUCAUAGGAGCCAACAAGGUCUUACAUUCAUAUUUUGCACCAGUCAAGGGACAACGCACAAUUGAAGACUCUCUUUCCGAUUUAAAGAUUCAGUGGCACUUCAUACCCCCCUCCGCUCCCCACUUUGGUGGUCUCUGGGAGGCGGCUGUGAAAUCUGCCAAAAGACAUUUGCUGAAGGUAACAGCAAUGGGCCUUCUCACGUACGAGGAAAUGCACACCUUGCUUUGCCGAAUAGAGGCCAUAUUGAAUUCUCGCCCGCUAUCACCGAUGUCCGAUGAUCCAUCCGAUCUUAAUCCUUUAACCCCGGCUCAUUUUUUAAUAGGAAGAAGUCUAACGCAACCAGCUGAGCCUGACAGUACUGGAAUUCCACUUAAUCGAGUGAAAAGGUGGGAGCUGGUGAAAUUGCAAUCACAAACUUUUUGGAAAAGGUGGAGCACGGAGUAUCUUCCACAACUCCACAAAAGAGGUCAAUGGUUAUCAAAAAAGGACACUAUUAGAGUCGGUUCAUUGGCCAUUUUAAAGGAAGACAACCUACCGACACUCCAGUGGAAAAUGGUUAGAAUCACCAAAGUUCAUCCUGGACCUGAUGGCAUCAUUCGCGUAGUAACUAUCAUUAACUCGGCUGGUAGGGAGUUCCAGCGUCCAGUAGUAAAAAUUGCAGUACUGCCCAGCAAUCAAGAGGAAGAGGAUGCAGCAUAA